CCAGGGAAAACACACACACACACAGAGCUUAGAGGGAGGCUCACUCGUGUCAGAGCUGAACUGCAGUGAGGAAGAGGAGGAGGAGGGGCAGAGAGAAACGUUCCUGGGGAUUAAUAACAGAGAGGCAGGAGGAGGGGCAGUGCACACAGGUGAAUCGCUGGACCAUGAAGGCAGCAUUCAGAUUGCUUCUCCUCCUCAUCCUUGUGUUGAUCUCUGAAGUGAACGGGCAGAGGCGGAAGCCCGGGCGGAAGCCUGGGCUGAAGCCCGCUCGACCGACUCCCGAGCCAGUCGAGCCAACAGAGCUGCCUCCGCCCCUGCCACCGGGCCCCCCCUCCGUCUUCCCGGAUUGCCCCAGAGAAUGCUUUUGUCCUCCAGACUUCCCCUCAGCCCUCUACUGUGACAGCCGCAACCUGAGGAAGGUGCCCCUCAUCCCUCCCAGGAUCCACUACCUCUAUCUCCAGAACAACUUCAUUGACAGCCUCCCGGAGGAGUCCUUCAAGAAUGCCACGGGGCUGAGGUGGGUCAACCUGGACAACAACCGCAUCAAGAAGUUGGACCGGCGGGUGAUGGAGCAGAUGGAGAGCCUCGUCUUUCUGUACAUGGAGAAGAACCAGCUCAAAGAGGUGCCGUCCUUCCUGCCAACUAACCUGGAGCAGCUGCGUCUGAGCAGGAAUCAGAUCUCCAAGAUCCCCUCUGGGGUUUUCAACAAGCUGGAGCACCUGGUCCUCCUGGACCUGCACCACAACAAGCUGAGUGACGGAGUCUUCAACAAAAACACAUUCCGGGGGCUCAAGAACCUCAUGCAGCUCAACCUAGCCCACAACAUCCUGCGGAAGUUGCCUCCCGGGCUGCCCAGUGCUGUCCACCAGCUCUUCCUAGACAGGAACAACAUUGAGGACAUCCCCGAUGAUUACUUCAAAGAAUUUCCCAAUCUGGCCUUCCUCAGGCUCAACUACAAUCAGAUUUCUGACAAAGGGCUGCCCAAGAACUCCUUCAACCUCAGCAACCUGCUGGUGCUGCAACUGGCGCACAAUAAGCUCACCAACAUGCCCUUCAUCAACCCCAAACUGGAGCACCUCUACCUAAACGACAAUUCCAUUGAAAGAAUCAACGGGACCCAGAUUUGCCCCACCGCCCUGGUCACCUUCCAAGACCUCUCCUCAGAUCUAGAAAACGUGCCCCGGCUUCGUUACCUGCGCCUGGACGGCAACCAGCUGAAACCGCCCAUCCCCUUGGACCUCAUGAUGUGCUUCCGGCUCCUACAGUCAGUCGUGUUUUAACUCUCCCAGCUGUGCCACUCUCCCGGGACUUUGGCUUUGCGCAGACAAUUGACUCCAGUCUAUGUCAGACACUUGGAAAAUAUUGUGUUCCCCCAUUCAACCCACCCCACUCACCCCUCAAUGCUCUGUCUCCUCUUCCUCCCCCACUCUCUUUCCUCCUUCCUCAGCUGCAAGGAGCACCGGCCACCGUUAGGUGCAGCCCAGUACCGCCCCUGUGGAUGCCACAUGUAUCUUAUAGGAGUGCACUUCCUGGCAGGUACCUGUAGUGCCCCCACGAUGGCACUAUGCCACAAUAAGCAUCCAAGGCCUUCGUGUAAAUGGGGCCCUUUCACUCCUACCCCUUAGGUGAAAGUCAGAGAAGAGGUGCCUGCUCAAAUGCCACCCACUUAUACCCAGCAUGCAACUGCCUUUCCCUCCCAGGUACCUGUACAUCUUCCAGCCAUAGGAACCAUCCCCAGGUGGACCUGGUCUUUGUAGGGCUAUCAGCAUCUCCUCCCAACUUCAGCAGUCAGUGGUAUGUGAGCUUUGUUUUGGGAGCACCCAGUGAUGGAGGGGCAGGGGGCCUGGGACUGGACAAUGAUCCGGGGCAAUUAUAGCUGCUUUAUGAGACAAGGCGAUUUCAUCCCCAAAGCGGCAAUAUCCGGCAAAAUAACGCAAGUUGUCUUGGGCACCGAGAUCCAGUUCAGGCCCUUCUCUUCCAAGGGCACAAAAUUCAUUUGAGGUGGGUGUUGGGAAUCCAGGUCAGGUUCUACUUCUUUCCAAGUCCUCUCCUUGGCCAAAACUGGAGCAGCUCACUCUUCACUUUGGACGAUCCUAGGGAAACCCAAUGGCUUUGCUCAGCCAUUGUGUCUUUGGGCCACAUUGGCACUGGACUCACCCACCAACUUCAUGCCAAUGAAAGCUGAUGAAACCUCAGAGGUCCCCCACUGAGCAGAAGAUUCUGGGUGCAGACACCGUAUAAGCAUGUGGCAGGCAUGCAGAGCCCUUGGGUGGGGUGAACAUAUUCACAUGGAAGAAGAUUCAUGCAAACAAGUAACUUCCUCAACCACAUGGCAGCUUCUUGCUGCAUCGUGUUGGACCCUAUUGCUGUUCAUGGCAGCCAGGGUCACCAGCAGUUCCCCACCGCCAAAUCAGAUAGCCACCAUAAGGAGUCCCCUUAAGGUCCCACAUUAAAACCCUGUGGAUUAUAGGAAUCCUGGUGGAGUGCCCCUUUCAUGCACGCCCACACCAGUCUGCCCUUGUGUCAGAGCAGUAUGGGCAUCACCCAUCACUGAGAACUUUUAAAUCAAGAUUGGAUGGUUUUCUAAAAGUUCUGCUCUAGGAAUUACUUUGGGGAAGUUCUCUGGCCCGUGUUACCCAGGAGAUCGGACUAGAUGAUCACAAUGGUCCCUUCUGGCCUUGGAAUCGACGAAUCUAUGAAAAACCACGAAGAGGGUGGUCUUUGCUCUGGUUGGGGACCUGCAGCCGGGUCCUUCCUAAUACACGCGGCUAUUUUGAUUCCAAGAGACGGUUUCGAGAUGCAGAGUAACGCCUCGAGCCCAGAGCUUAGGGUAGUUUGUGGGGCUAGGGUCUGCAAUGGGGCUAGAUAGAGAGACCUCUCAAGGCGAGGGGAGACGGAUUAACUGUGGCUCUACCCAUUAGGGACAGCUUGAGCUGUCAUGGCAACUGCAACACUCCUGCACGAUGGGGUCAAGUCCAGGAGCUGGUGCUGAAGGCUGGACAUUGCUGGGGCCCUGGAUUUUGCAUGGGUAGAGCAGAGAGAUCCUCAUUCUGGGGAACGGGGACAAUAGGGGAGAUCUGUCUUGAAAGCACCACCUUCUUGCAAGCAGACAAAUGCAGCCUCUGUUCCAUUUAUGGGGCACCACAGUGACACCCGGUGGCCAGAGAGGGUGACGUUGGCAGGCGGUCCUAGAUUUCCCAAAGAUCGACAUUGUUCCUGUUUAAAGGUAGCUGGUUACGUUAAUCCCAUUCAUUCCCUUUGGGUGGAUCUGACCUGAGCCAUUUGUCGUAUUUAAAGGUGGCAGGUUAGAGCAAUGCCCGUUGCAUGGUGGGGAUCCCUGCUUCACAUUCAGGGGCGUCAAUCCAGAUUUAGUCCGGCGGAAGUGAGAAUUGUCGUAAGCCGCAGUCCUCCCCCAGCUAUGCAUUUUGGAGCGGAUUUAAGUACAAGUGAUGUCAUUACACCCUGAGAUGGGCCUGGAUCUCUUGGGGGAUCAGAACGAUGGUGAGAAAGCUGCAGCUUCCCCGGGCACGCCCCAUCAGAAUGAAACACCCUCUGCCUGUCCCCCUUGCCCUCCCCCCACCACAGAAAACCACCUGUGGGAGGAGCAAGAGGAGAGAAGAGAGAUGUGAAGAACAGAAGAAGCUUCCCUGCCCACUGGCGCGGGUUGCUUUAGCUUCCUCUUGUCACCAUCUCCUGCUUCCCUUCGUGCCCCUCCUCCGGAGUCCUCCAGCAUCCCAUUGAAGGUCUCUAUCGCCUUUCUUCAGACCCUUCACUCGCCUUCCCCAGUCACUUAUUCCCUCCUGCUCUGUCUGGGUGAGAGCUCUGCUCAAAGUCCCUGCUUGCCCCCCAGAUUCCUCCGAGGUUUGGAAGCAGCGUGAAAAAGUCUCUCUCAGCUUUGCCGAUCCCGUUCGCCAACUUCAAGCCUUAAGUCCCAGGGCCAGGUCCUUCAGCUGGUGUAAAUUGGCUCAGACUUCAAUGGAGCUGCACCUCUGGACACCAGCUGAGAAUCGUGCCCUCUUUAUCCCUGGAGACUCCAACUAGCUCUCUUCCCCUCUGUGGAACAGAUGCUUUGAGCCUUGAGUAUUGCUUUGGCAGCUCACACUGCAUCCUCGCCAGCGGUGUGUGGAGCAGCGCCCCGUGCUGCGUGCUGAAGCUCAGAAGGUGUCAAACGUGCAUCGGGCACAGUAGCACUAUUGCCACAACCUAGUGCCAACUAUUGCCAUGCAUGCGGCCCAAUGGGCAGAAUGAGGCAUUACUGUGUCCUGCGUGGUUUUGUUGUUCUGCUCUGCACAGGGCUUAGAUUUUCAAUGAUUCCUCCCCCCGGGACCCUAUCAGCGUGCUGCUGGGUGCCACACGCUCAGCUCGGAUCUCGUGGCCUGGUUCCUCUCGUCUGCAGACUAAUCACUUUACACAUCUCAGCAAUGGAUCCCCGUGAUUUGCUCUGCCUCUGGUAUUAGCACGUUCUGAGGUCACCUUUCCAAGCAGGCACAGCAAAACAGGCCCAGUUCUGCUCUCCCUUACCCCUGUGCAGCUCGCUUUGAACUCAGCAGGAUUCUGUGCUGGGUAAUUGAGAGCAAAAUUGGACUUAGUGUCGGGAAGAGACGUCCCUAAGGCUUGACGCCCCCCCACCCCACCCGGCGUGUGAAUCCAUUUUGGCUCCUUGUCUUAGCAGAUCUUUGGUGGGUGUGAAUUGGCGAAGCUCCAUGAACUGCAGUGUGACGAGGCUAGCGGAGGUUCCAGGUCAUUGGUCUUUCCCCCUUCACAUUGGGACUGCUUUUGACUUACAGCUGCAUUGCCUCCAUCUUAGCAGCUGGAAGGAGCUGGGGUGUCAUGAGCCACCAGUGUGUGUGUGUGUCUCUGUAUUGCAUAUAGAAACAAAACACCUUAAUAUAAUUUCCAAGAAGCCUGCCCCCACCCCCGGCCACAUACACCCCUUUCCUGUACCUCCAACCAGGUCUCAAACCCUCCCACCAUCUCUUCUCUUCCUAUCCUGCCCUGAUCUCUCUGUCUGGUUUCUCUUUGGCUCGCUCUGUGAGCCAAUACGGCACCGUGGAGCUGCACAGAUUGAACUCAGUAGCCGACGGUAUAUGUGCAACCCCCUCUUCCAGCCAAACCCCGCCACUUCGGCCCUCAAAGCCAAUGGACUCCCAUUUACAUCAAUGGGCUUUGACCACAUCCUUAGUGACCAGACAGCCCCAUUGUCCCCUGGACACGUCCUCCCAGGAGUUCCUGUUGGAGGUACACGCUCGGAGUCAAUUAUUUUAACAGCAAUGCAGGCGUGAAACUCGCUCUCCUACUUAUGUCCGUGGGGCCAGCUUCAGAUUUCAGUAACGCAGGGGUAACUCCAGAGUCACUCCAUUGAUCUUGGUUGAGUUGCUUUGGAUUGUGACAUGUAGAAUGUGAUCUCCUGGUCUCUCUCCUAGCCGACCUUGCGUUAUGUUUCAUUCUCGGUCGCUUUACAGAACCAAACACCGCUGCCUGUUUGUACCUUUUUCAUUUUCAUUUUGAAAAAAAUACUCAAAGCUUAUUUUUUAUUCCACCCCCAGUUCUUAUAUGUACGGCUCUCCCUCCUUCGCCACUGCAUACAUAGGGGUCUGGGUUUCGGUUCUUUCUGAUUUUCCAUGUUUAUGUUCUGGACCAAUUGAGGCUCGUUUUUUAAAGGGAAAAAAAAUCCGUUUUAAAUCGGUGUUUAUAAACAAAUAAACCCAGCAGCAAUUGUC